AACUAGGAGCGUGACAUGGUCCACGGUGAGGGGGUUACCCAUGCCCCAGCUGGCACUGAGGUGCCUCAGGAGCUGCUGGAAGAAAUGCUUUGGUUCUUUCGGGUAGAAGAUGCAUCUCCUUGGAAUAUUUCCAUCUUUGUCCUGGUGGGUGUGGUGGUCUUAAUAAGCACUGUUCUCCUGGGAAGGAGUAUCAAGGCAAACAGAGAUCAAAAGAUGCUGCUUCCAGAAAAACAAACUCCAGAAGUCCUAUACCUGGCUGAAGCUGGAACCAAAGAUGAGAAUAAUCCGAACAUCCUAAGAGAGACGUUGCUCUCAGAAAAGCCAAAUUUGGCCCAGGUGGAAAUUGAGUUAAAAGAGAGGGACGUGGCACUGGUUCUCCUUCCAGACCCACAAGAAUCUGAGAGCUAGUGAGAGUGCUGAGCAAUGCCCCCAUGUUGUUAGCAAAUAAAAUGAAAAAACUGCCAUGAAACUAAAAUUGUUAUUUAAAAAA